AUGAAGGUGAACAAUCCUAUUCGAAGACCCACGCCCGUGGCCAGCCACAGGUUCAAAUGGGGAGAGCAAAGUCUCCUGCAACACGCCCAGGCCACGUUCGAAUAUCACGAAGAAGACGCAGGCUCAAGCUCGAGUUAUUUCCACAUUGUGGCCGACGGCGUGUCGUCUCCUUUUGGCCGUCAGUCUCUCGCUGCAGUGGAUGAAACACCUGUGUCUUCGGCCAUACUGUCGGCCGAGGUCGUGAGGUGUGUCCGAGUGGCUUUAGAAGAGCUGACGAGUCACAAUAAGGAAUCAAUCGACCAAAAAGCCUUCGAGGGUGCAACAGUGGACGCCAUCAAGACCGCGAGGAUCAACUGCUUCCAACACCGGAAAUCCAGACUGGCCACGACGCUGGCCGUGUCGUAUUUCAACCGCUGGACGGGCAAACUCUUGACUUUUUCACUCGGCGACUCCAAAUGUCUGGUAGUGAGACGGGGAACUGUCGUCUACGAGACGCUUGCCGUGCUACGAGAGUUCAACGUCCCCACAGUCGUGAACUUGAAGGAACAGGUGGUGGCCAAGGACUACGUCGUACAGAGCUUUUCCUUGCAGGAAGGCGACGUGUGUCUCACCUUCUCGGACGGACUAGGAGAUAACGUAUACAAGGACGAUAUUACUGCAGCGUUGGCAGGAGAGGCGACGGGACUGCAGAGUGUUUGCGACCAGCUUGUCGGCAUGUCAAAGGUACACGCAACGUCGAAAGAAGACGGUGAUGGUCUGUAUCCAUUUGCCACAGCCGCAGUGUUGGAGUAUCGUGAACGAACUUUGGAGGAGACGGAAAUGGCAACUGGUCCUUUAGAUGCCAGCGGUGUGGACCACUUGGCCGUGUCACUUGAACUCAUGGAAAGACACAAAGGCAAACAGACGCUAAAUCGCCAUUUGCUGCUACGUCGGCCGUCCCGUAAACACCAUUAUUCCCUCGUGCAACUUAAACUGAUGGCCGAGAUGCAAACGAAGAAACCGGACGACAUUACGCUCUUCAUGACGCGUUUUGUGCACGUGUGA